AUGCCUCCGAUAGGCGAAGACGGAGAGAGAAACACCAGAGACACGCGAACAAGGCGCAGCGGCGAGAGGCGAGAGCACAGGAAAAGAGAAGACGAGAAGAGAGCAGGAAGCGAGAAGAGGAGGACGAGUGGAGAGGCAGAAGAGAAGAGAGGAAGAACGGCGAACGCGAUGGAGAUGGCAUCUUGGGCGACAGAGCGAAACGCGUCGACAGCGAGGCACAACGUCUGCUACGACGAGUGGAUGCAGUGCGACAAGUGUGCGAAGUGGAGACGAUGUCCGGCGGGAACUGCAGAGGCCUUCAUAUCGACUUCCUUCUCGUGCGAGAAAAGUUUCUGGGAGCCUGUGGAGCGCCGCUCGUGCGCCACCAGAGAGGAAGCGUGGCGAGGCCGCGUCGUGACUCUCCACGACACUGGCGGUGAAGAGCGGCGCUGGAACAGACUGAGGCGCUCGGCAAAGGCAGACGCGAACGACGCCAAAGCGGGAAGCUCGGCCCUUCAACCUCCACCUUCGGUCCGUCUGCCUUCUGCUCCUGCGGCAUUCACUGCAACGCCGUGUCUUCUGCCUCACGGCGCAUGCGAUGCGAAGCUCGUCCCCGGCGGUCCCCACGGUGUCUCUGCACCGGCGACUCUCCACGCUGUCGCCCGACCCCCAGCCGUUCAGGCCCAGGGCGCUGUCUUUGCAUGCAGAGGCGAGGGCAAAGCCGGCGUCUCCCAGGACGUUCUGAGCCAGACUGCUCCCGUUUCUGCAGAUGCCGAGAGGUUCGUCUCGGCGCCGCGGUUUGCCCGCGGAUCGACAGACGCUGAAGCCGCGCUAGGCGGCCUCGCGGACCGCCAGGACCUCGGCCGGGCGUUUUCCGGGCCGGAAGCUACUCGCGAGUUGCUCACCUCGUUUCUGGAAAAAUUCAACGACUUGUGGCUCCAUAGAGGCGAGCCCGAGUUGCACGGGACGCCGUGGCCUUCCUUCAAUGGUUUAGACUCCACCCGCGCCUCGUCGUCCCCGCUGUUCUCGCCGCUCACGUCCUCCGCUCAAGGCUCGCCCGCCUCCGCUUCGGUCUCGAAGCCCUCACGAGGCUCGGACCGCGAGAAGUGGCGCCUGCCAAGCCCAGACGAAGUGGACGAAAGGCAGCGUCGGGCACUCUUGGAGUUUCUCCGGGAUCGCAUGCAGACCGAUAAAAGCUCCGAGGCGCUGUGGGUGGGCCCUGUCUCUUCGCCGGUGUCUCCGUCGGCCGCUUUAGCUUCCCCUGCGCGGCUGCGUCCCGGGCGUCUCCUGGGCCUCGCCCAGGAGACGCCCGAAGGGGUCGAGUCCGCCGUCGCCUCGAAGCCGGGGAAGGACCGAGAAGUCGCGAGUGAACGCGACGCAACGGAGCAGCAGGCAGCCUACCCGCGUCUCCCGGCGCUCUCGAGACAGUGCAGAAUUGACCGAGAAACAGGCCUAGACAGCGAGGCAGCUGAGCUGUGGUGGAAGCGAGCAUGCAUGCGCGAGCGCUCGAAGGCAGACGCGUGCCGUCGACCGCUUGGACCGCACGUGGAGAUGGCCCGCGCGACUGCGGGCGGCGCCGCAAAGUUGGAGACAGGCUCAGGCGACGCAGGCUGCAGCGCUCCAGGCCUGUCGAGGUCGCCCGUGACGGCUUCGGUCGCGCGCUCGGCCCUCGGCGCGUCUUGGAAUUUUUCUUUUUCUCGCGCCCCCGAUCCCUGGCGGCAGUCGCUGCAGGCGUCGAGUCAGCCCUCUCGAGAGGCACGUCCCUCAGGGGCCCAGUGGAAGAGGAGUCGGCAGCCAGCGAGUCGUCUCAGUGCGUCCGCCUGGGCACCGGGAUCAUGUCUCCCUCCCGCUGUUCCUGUCUCUCGCCAGGUGUCGCCGUCUGUCCCUUUGUCUCCGCCGGCGCCGUCUUCACUCGCUUCCGCCGCCGCCUUGGGCCCGCCGUGGAGCAGCGACAGAGACAGGGAGUUGCUGGCUUACCUGGCUUUGCUCCACGGCGAACAAAGAGAGAAAGGAGAACACUGCGAGAGAGCGCCAGGGAAGGACCGCAUCCAAAGGCUGUCAUCGACUUGCUCUUUCUCUUGCCUCCCUUCUCAAGGCAGCGGGCGAGGGCGAGACGAGCGCAGAGAACACGACAGGUCGAAGGCACGUUCUGUGCAGGAGACCACGCCGAUGGUUUUCGACUCUCGGCCCGAAGCCAGGCUGGGAAAUGUUCCAACCCAAAGGCAGAGGCUCGACUGCGAACAGAGACUCGCCAGCGAGGCCAGCGGGGGAGGCGCCCCGCAAGUCAAGCAGUCGGACGAAAGCGUCGGGCGCGAGAGAGACACGCCCGAAGGCGACUUCCCGAGUUCCGCCUCGCCCGCCCCUUCGUCGCCCUUCGUCCUCGCGGCGUCUCCUGUGUCUCCUCUGGCGCCGAAGAUCGCGGCGCUGCUUCGCAUGCGGAUCAUCCAGCAGAUGGUCUUGCCCUCGGAUUCGCCGAAUUGUUGCUCGAUCACCUCCCGCUUCAAGGCGUCGAACCACUCGAGCAUGAUCCACGACGUGUACCGCGUGGGAAAGUACCAACGAGCCAUCGACGUCGUUUGCGCAGAGCGGCGGGCGAGAGCCGCGAGGCGGCGCAACCACCCAGAUUUGGAGACCGCGCAAAAGGCCUCAGACGCGGAAAACGGGGGAGACGAAAUAGAGGCAGAAACAACGGAGCGACAGAUGCGCACAAAGAGAGGGAGGCGUUUGGCGGCUGCCUCGGGAGUCGAGGCAGGGGGUGCGCAGGAGGCGAGAGCGAGAAGGAAGGCGGAGGAGCAGGAACUGGCGGCUGAACCCGAUCCGGAGAAAUCCCGCCCUGCUGCUGUUUCAGGAGGCAGCAGAGGGCUACCUCGCUCCGAAGAGCCCGACGCGCGCAAAGCAGCAGAGAAACGAGAAGAAAAGGUAAAAGAGGACAAAGAGAAAGAAGUUGACAAAGAGGAAGAAGAGGACAAAGAGGAAGAAGAGGAAGAACACCAAGGGCCGGAUGUCCUGGAAAUUGGGACGGGGCCGUACGCACUUUUAGCAGUGAACGCCGCACGCGCCGGUGCCAGACGGGUGGUUGCCUUGGAAGCAGAUCGGCACAGUGCCUCGUCCGCCGCGCAUUUCGUCCAGCUUUUUGGCUUCGAAAAACAAGUUUCUGUCUUGCAUGCUUACAGCAGCGAUGUGACGCGUGCGCAGCUAGCCGCGCAAUUCGCAGCGCUGCCUCUGCCGUCUCGCCGCCAGAGAGACGCGGGAGAAGGUGGAGACGGCGAGGCGCAGAGAGGCCUUGCGGGAGACCCGGGGCGAAGCAGAGAAGAGGAGAAGGAAGUCGCGAGAACCGAAGGGACGGACGAAUGCCGAGAAGGCGACGCCCUGCGCGUGGACCAGGCGACCAGGCGGCAGAGGCAUGACCGGAAGAACGAACUGAAGGGAGAGCGGAGAGAUGAAGGUUCACGGCCUUCUUUGCGUGGAAGGCGCACCGGGAAAAAAGGAAAAGAACUCCGGACGGAAAGUUCGGAUGAUGGUUGUACGGAGCCGAGUGCCAAGCGGAUCAAGCGUGCGGCUGCCUCUCCCUCUGCUUCCGAGCCGUCCGCCGUAGCCUGCGCUUCUUCUUCUUCAUCUUCUUCUUUUCCGUCUUCAUCUCCGGAUCCCUUUGCGCGUCUGUUGAUUAUUCACGAGAUUAUCGGCGACUUUGCGGGAAACGAAGGCGUUGCAGAUGUCGUUCGGCUCUUGCAGAAGGAGCUGAGGCCGCACAGGCCGCGGUCCAUUCCGCUUGCAGCCAGGUCUUUCAUUCAUCCGUGCAUGUUUCCGCCUUCGACGAGCUUUCCGUUUCCCCACUUUCUCCACCGGCAGCGUAGUCGAAUCUCACCCAGACGGCGCCUCAUCCAGGCGAUUGGCCUACAACAGUUCGCCCUACUUCUCGCCACAGGCGCCGCGGAAAUCACCGUUUUGUACGGGUCGCCCUACACCGGGCCUGUGGACAGGGAUAAAAGAGGCGCAAAGACAAAAGCCGCCGACCGGGGCAGCGGAGAUCGCGACCGCCAGAAGAACGGCGAGAAGCGCGGCGAGAAGCGCGGCGAGAAGGUGCAAAGGGAGGUGGAGGAACGCGAGGAUGGAGCAGCGGACGCGAAGCAUGCAAAGAGAGAAAGGCGCGAAGUUCCGUGCGAGCAGGAUCCAGAAGAAAGGGGAGAGAACGCGCCAGGGCGAGACGUCAAUGCGGUGUCCAGACGCGACGGAGACGCAGCGGUGGCCUCGAUCGAGGCGACAGGAGCCCAGGGAGACGAGAAAACAAAGGCAGGGCAACCCAGAGACGAGACGUCGGGCGGCGAGGCGAGGCGGACCGUGAUUACCGAGGAAGAGGAACGGUCCCGCAUCGUCGAGGAGAGAAUGACAGUAGCAGGCGCGCGGCCAGGUGAAGUGUGCGGCAGCAGUUCGGCGCCUCUUCUCUCUCCAGUUUUUGAAGAAUUACUUCUGGAAGAAGAUAUGGAAUGUCAGAUGCAACAGCGGAGACUCCUGCGUUUCGUCGUCGAGAAGCGGGGCGCGAUGGCGGGACUUGUGGUCACGAACGAAGUGGAGUUAGUGAAGGGACUGUGCGUGGGAACGGCGGAGUGCGUGACGAGCGGGCCGUCUCCGCACGCGUUUCCGGACGAGCACGCCUCAGUUUGGUACAAGGCGUUUGUCUUGAUGCCCGACGAGGUGUCUGUGGACGUCGGGGACCAAAUUCUCGUCGACGCGGCGAUUGACCUGCAGAACUACCAGAAAGAGGAGACCGCGGGGGCGAAGCGCGCCGAGGAAGGAGACGGCUCGGGUGGCGACAACGGGGCUGCGCGACGACGCGGAAGAAAGCGAAAGAGGAGAGGGCGCCCGAUCUGCUUGAGGCGCGGCGAGCGGAACGGUUCGCAGGAGUCGCGUCGUCAGGCAGGCGCGGACGUGAACGCCGAGGAGGACGGAGAAGAGGACGGAGAUGGGGAAGCCGACGGGGAAGAAGACCGGGAAGUAGACGGGGCAGAAGAGAGAGAAAGGAAGAAGCGCGACGAGAGGAAGGGGCCAGAGACCGACGAGAAAGAGAGGAAACGGGGGCGGAGCGGGAGGUGCGCAACUCGCAGAAAUCGCAGCGGUUCCGCGUCGUGGACAACUGCGUCUCCUCCCGAUGCUUCGCCCCGUCGCUCGCCUUCCGCGGGUUCGGCGAAGCGUUCUCGUCGGUUGAAGUCGGCGUCGACUUCGCUGAGGCCGGGAAAGGAAGAGAAGGGAGGGAAGGAAGCAUCGCAAGAAGAACGAGAGACGGAAGCGAGAGGCGUCCGAACGCGGCGCCAGCUGAAGAUCCGAGAAACAAAAGACAACUCACCAAAGGACCGGGGAUGCAGAUAUCGACGUCGCACGCGAUCACGCACUGCCGAAAAGCAAGAAGACAGGGACGAGGAGGAAGGAGGCGAUGAGGACCGAGCAGAAGAGGAAGAAAGGGACGAGGGCCGUGGAGAGAAACGGCAGCAGGCGGGGAAGAGAGCGCAACUACGCGUGAAAGAUGCAGCGAAGGGGCGGGAGCUCGGGAGACGAGCGAGGGAGAGCGCAACGCGCAGAGGAUCCCGCUCCUCGCCUCAGGGGCCACAGACACCGGACCAGAACGAGGAAGAGCACGGGGAAGAAGAGUGUGCGAGACACGGGGAUGGGAGGAGGCCACGGAGGGGUGCUUCUGUGGAGAGCGCGCGAGGGGCGGUGAAGCACGAAAACGCGGAAGAGACGACCGACUCCGGUGUCUCCCCGAGACCCGCCGCAGCGCGACCUUCGCUGGGAGGCCCGAGAGUCUCGCGUGCGUCUGCGCAGCAAAGUGCCUGUCUAAAAUCGCCUGCUUCAUCUUCUUCGCCUUUGUCGUCUCCGCCUUUGUCUUCUUCGUCUUCUUCAUCUGCGCCUUCCCUUCGCGCCUCUCUCGAGUCCUCCUCUUUUGUCGAGGCGCCAGGGGACAGGCCAGAGGCAGCGCUCAAAGCAGAGAGAGAAGACCGCUUGGAAGCGCCGCCGUUUUCAGGAAACUCGCAGCGUGGGGACACACACGCUGGAGGUGAAAGUCCGCAGCCUUCCCCGGCGGGGCAGCGUCUUCCCGCGCGCCUGUACUCGCGGCCGUCUUACAAGUUCGACAUUUCCGUUUUCCGCAAGCAGGAUUUCGCUUCGCUCCCCGUGGGCGUGUCUCUCGCCUCGCUCUCGUCCGCAGCCUUGCAGGAGCUGUCUCCGUCGUACUUUGCGUCUGUUGAUGUGCCGUUCGAAGAGCAGGUUCCCCACGCCCCGCCCUCGGAGAAGGCCCAGCAGGGGAAGGGCCGAAAGCGCGGUCCUGGCCCCACGGACGGAGAGACGAAGCCGUGA